AAAUGAAUGUGACUCCUUCCGCCAUAUAUAGCCCAGAUUCGCACUCGCCGCACACAACCCGUGCCCUGGUUUUAGCUAAAUCUAGUUGUUGUUCUUCUUCCCUUUUCAAAAUCACGUCACGACUUGCUGCCUGACAUUCAGAUCUUUGCACAAUCAUCUUUCCGACCACUCAUCCAGAUUCCUCGUCGACGCCGCCGUAACGACCCCCAGAGACAACGGGCCACACGCCACCCCACCACGAACCCAUCCGAUCCCACUGCAUCCGCAUUGCAUCCACCCUCCAACUCAACCUUGUCACCAACUGCAGCAGUCUUCGUGCCCAAGAAACAAGCCCAUCGAACCCGAAGCAUCGCUCCUCCCACCAUUGCUAUUCCUCAGACUGACUGCCUUUGGACAUUUCCUCUCUCCAUCUCCUCGAGUCUCUCUUGUGUUCUCUUAUUUAUCGUCUUCGCACAAACAAGCUCUCGAGAGUACAUAGAGUAGCCAAUAUAAGAAACACUCCUGUUUUCUACCGCUGUCCGAGCCUCCGAACCCGAUUACCAAACAAGCGCAAAGAAGCAAUACCUCCCCAAGACAGCAAAGCAAACCACUCCCUUCUCUGCAUCGCAAGGAGAUUCACUUCUACAGCAAGCAGGUCUAUCGAAACGGCUUUUCUCUCUCAUUUGUCUUUUAGGGUUUUCAUCUCCCAGUACCCCAUCUACCACAAAGGACGAUGGUUUCCUACGCACCUACAAUGCAGGCCCAAGAUGACCUUGCAACCCUUUUUUCCCGUAACCUGACCUUCAACCCCGAGGUCCAGAGCCAAGUGCAGCCCCCCAAGCCCGAUGAGCAGCUCCAUCAGACCUCCGACCCCGCCCCCGCCAAUCCCGCAUCAACUCCGGCACCCAUCAUCUACUCCAUCACCCAGCACUACACUCACUCCGCACACCUCGCUCGUCAGCAACAAGCCCAGGACGUCCCCGUUCAGCGUCCCUCGUCCGAACCCCCCCAGACCGAGCAGUUGACUCCCGAGAUCGUCCUCAGCCAGCACGGCAUCAGCCCUUCCGUUCUGUCCCCUUCUCAGAUCCAGCUUUUCCGAAUCUCCGAAGAGCCCCAUCAGCUGCGCCUGAUCGAAAUCUGGCGUGCCGCGCCGCCCGCCUCGAGCACAGACAACCCAUCGCUUGCAUGGACUAGCACAACUCUCGAGCAAGAGGAGCAGCUCGCGAAGCUACGGUACGAGCGGAUGGAGGCGGAGAAAGAGCAGCAACAGCACCAGCAAAACGCCGUCAUGAGCCUUGACGGCACCCAAGUUCAGUCUGACGACAGUCGCUGGCUGGCGAGCUCCAUUUCCCAUCAAGUCGAGCCCUACAUGAUGUCCGGCUACGAGGAGAUGAUGCGCCGCGAGUACGAGCGGGAGCAGGUCGAGGCCCGCUCCAACGACAAUUACGCCCACUAUGGCUCCGCCGUCGGCGGUUAUAAGCCGGCUACUGACCCCGUCUACAAGGGAUUCGGCGACGACUGGGCCAAGGAGCAAGCGAUCCAGAUGCAGAUGCAGAUGGAGAACCAGUACGGCGCUUUCCAGCACUUUGGUGGCCAGGCCGGCAACAUGGAGGCCAUGGAGAUUUUGUGAAGGAAGCCUUGCGCAAAUUUUUUGUUUCCUUUUUUCUAUUACUUUCAGCAUAGCAGCAGACAUCUCUUUCUCUCACGAGUUAGACUGCAUGGCAGACACAUGGGCGGAUACUAAGAUGAUACUGGAUCGCCUCCUUUGGGAAGCAUAUUUCUUUUGUCAAGAACGUUACGAGUAAGGAACUAGCCAGAUACCAUUGGGCACGCAUGAGGGAUGAACAGGACUACGAAGCAGCUACCAAAAAAAAAAAAAAAAAAAACCUCCAUAUUGGGAUAUUCGCGCAGGAUGAGGUAGUUGGCGAGGGAAUAUGGGAAGCUGCGGUGAUGGUGCAUACGACAUUCGAUGUCUCUUCAGGUAUUUCUUCUAUUAAUUGACCCCUCUCCUCUUUUUAAUGCCUCCUUUGUACUUGGCAUAUCUGGUGUUCUCAACUUGAUGUAUUGUCUAUCUGGUGCGGUAUCUCGCAGUCGAUGGGCCCUCGGUGGAUAGAUGACUUUUGUCAUUGUGUUCUGGACAGAAAGACUGGUCCCGGUGGCCAUGCUUUACCCAUGUGUACCCUGAAUUUCGUCCUCCGGGAGCAAAAGGGCCGCGUUUGUUUGCGCAGUAUCUAGGUGUCCUGAAUUAUUAACGCGAUACUAGCGGUACAUGAGUCUAUGCUAUCAUACAUGUGUCGGUGUUUCCUCUUCUCCCCGUGUUCCUGUCUGACUUUUGAUAGACCCCCUGUUUUGGCCUUCCCUGGUUAGAUGAACGACGCCUGUAAACUCCUUGGUAUUUGUAGCUUGCCGUUGUUCCUCUCUCUCUCAUUAUCCUCUCUCUCGCGGCAGCCAGACGGGGUGUCGUCGCCAACAUCAGUCAUGAAACGACACCUCACGGGCACGCCGGUUGAGCGAUUUUCUUUGUGUUGUCGAUGUUUGUCGGUAUAGAUUUGAUGGUAAUGGGUGUCUGAGAAACAGCCUUAAUUGAUAAGACAGUCGUGAGUUGGCGACUCCACAGCCCCCGUCCCAGGGAUAAUCGCAACGGAGGACCGCCGAAGCUGUGAGCUAAGCGGCGUGUUCCUCAAACCCCAUUUUUGCGCCGAUGCCCGCGCCACCGCCGUUC